AUGAUCCGCUCAAGAACCGCCCGGGCGGCAGUAAACCUCCCCCUUAAGAGACAAUGGACAUGUACGCAAUGCCUCUCGCGCAGUCGCUUCUACUCCCAGAAGCCCGUAACCGAAAAGCGAGAACCUCCGGACCAUCGCAAACUUGGUCUUCAGCAAGAGCUCUUCAUCACCUCGAUCUACAGCCCAGGAUCUCCCAUUUUCUUACCGAAUGGUGCCCGGAUCUUCAACCGACUUGUCGACUUCCUUCGAAAACAAUAUGUGCGGUAUGGGUUUGAAGAGGUCAUCACGCCAACCAUCUACAAAAAGUCACUAUGGGCAAAAUCAGGCCAUUUGGAAAACUACGCCGACGACAUGUAUGCUGUGAGAGGGAAUACGGAACCGCCACCCGCGAAUCACGAUGGGUGCUGUGGUAGUAGCCAGGAAAACUUGAAGCCAGAUGAGGAGGAAGAGGGUAUUUAUGGUCUCAAACCCAUGAAUUGCCCUGGCCACUGCCUUAUUUUUGCUUCAAAAAGACACAGUUAUCGUGAUCUUCCUGUCCGCUACGCAGACUUCAGUCCUCUACAUCGCGACGAGAUUUCUGGUGCUCUUAGCGGACUCACCCGCGUUCGACGUUUCCACCAGGACGAUGGACAUAUCUUUUGCCGGCCGGUUCAGGUCGAGGAAGAGAUCAAGAAGACCUUGGACUUUGUCAAAGUGGUUUACACGGUUCUGCGAUUCGGUGCGAAUUACCGACUGGCACUUUCCACGCGACCAAAAGACCAUUACAUCGGCACUGAGGAAGAAUGGGAUCAAGCCGAAAACGCCUUGAAGCGAGCGUUGGACGCAUCAGGCAUGGAGUGGGGAGUAAACGAGGGAGAUGGUGCUUUCUACGGACCCAAGAUCGAUAUUGUUCUUACGGACUCUGACGGAAAGGAACAUCAAACAGCCACCAUCCAACUCGACUUCCAGCUUCCCAAGCGAUUUGAACUUGAGUACCAAGCUCCUGCUCCCGAGUACGAAGCUAGAGGUGAGACAACCGAAGACCCUGCUCUUCUGGCCGAGUAUGGACCCGUCCGUCCUGUCAUGAUCCACCGCGCCGUCCUGGGUUCAGUCGAACGUCUCAUGGCACUCUUGAUCGAGAAGUACGACGGCCAAUGGCCCUUCUGGCUCAACCCCCGCCAGGCCAUCAUUCUUACCGUUAACAAUACCGAACCUGUUCUACAAUGGGUCGAGCAUGUACGCGACGUACUAGUUGGUCAUAACAAACAGCUUUACGAAGAUUUAGAAAGUGGCAGGCUUCCUGGCCAGAACAUUGUCUUCCGGCCAACUGGACUUGCAGUGGAUAUUGACUCGACUGCUCGACCGCUAGGAGCCAAGAUCAAGGAGGCUCAAAGUAACGGCUACGGCCGAAUUCUAGUGGUCGGCAAAGACGAUGUUGAGAACAGAAAGGUUGCGAUGGGUAAGGAGAGAUUGACACCACAGGAUUUACGCGAGCGGUUGAAAACUAUGGUAGAGACAUUUGCUUAA